GCGUUUUCUAGAGAGAGAGGUAAGAGUUAAAGCAGAAUCACAAUUCUCUUGGUCCGUUAAGAAAAAAAAAACCAAUGUCAUCCUCUUCUACUUCAGAUUCCACGGCGGCGCGUGAUCAUCAAGCACCGCUUCUCCGCCCGCGUCAGGACGCCUCUCCUUCAGCCCGACCUACAGCUCUCGCCGUUCUCUUGGGCCGGAUCACCGGCCACCACGCGCCGUCGAUGCUCGUAAGAGAGACGGCGGCGCGUGCUUUCGAGGAGAGACGCAUCGACUGGGGCUACUCAAAGCCCGUCGUCGCCGCUGACAUACUCUGGAACGUCGCUCUCGUGGCUGCGUCGGCGGUUAUGGUUGUCGGCACCGUCGAAGAAAGGCCUAACGAACCGAUCAGGGUUUGGAUCUGCGGAUACGGGCUGCAGUGUUUGAUCCACGUGGCGUUGGUUUGGUCCGAGUACUGGAGGAGAAACACGAGGCGUAGAGAUAGAGAUUUGGAGUCCGGUGACGGUCUCGAAGGGAGUGUAGGUUAUUACAACAGUGAGUAUGGUCAUGAAGAAGAAGAAGAAGACGGUGACAAUUCAACAACCUACAGUUUUGCGAAAAGAUGUGAGUCGAUAAACACUGUGAUAUCAUUCAUAUGGUGGAUACUUGGAUUCUACUGGGUUGUUCAAGGUGGAGAUAGGCUUUUAGGAGAUGCUCCUAACCUUUACUGGUUGUCGGUGAUUUUACUGGCGAUUGAUGUGUUCUUUGCCAUUUUCUGUGUUGUUUUGGCUUGCCUUGUUGGAAUAGCUCUCUGCUGUUGCCUCCCCUGCAUCAUCGCUCUUCUUUAUGCCGUCGCAGGGACGGAAGGUGUAUCAGAGGCGGAGCUUGGUGUUCUUCCGAUGUACAAGUUUCAGGCUUUUUAUAGCAACGAGAAGAGAAAUACCGGAGCUGGUAAAAUGGUUCCUGUUCCGACUGAUGGUUUAUGCUUAGCAGCAACUGAAAGAACAUUACUUGCUGAGGAUGCGGACUGUUGUAUAUGUCUGAGCUCUUAUGAGGAUGGAGCAGAGCUUCAUACUCUUCCUUGCAACCACCAUUUCCAUUCCAACUGUAUCGUUAAAUGGCUAAAGAUGAGAGCAACGUGUCCUCUCUGCAAACACAACAUCCUUAAAGGAACCACUGACCAAUCUUGAAGACAUAUAUAUUUAAUAAAGCAUAGACACAAGCUCCAUUUCCUCAAGUUAAAAUAUUCUGUUUAUAUAAACAAUGAAAAAUCAUGUAUCUAUUGUUAAAGGUAACCCGUUUUAACUGUAAAAGAUCACAUUUUACAUAUCAUCUCUAAGUUCAAGUACAGCUCACUUCGUUGUCA